CGAAAGAUUAUUCGACUUUCGGCAGAAACGAAUAUUUUGUUUGUUUCAGGAUGAAUACAAGGAAGAGGGCAUUCAACCUCUUGAAGUAAAGUACCACGACAACAUUGACCGCUUGGAGCUGUACAAUUCCCAAGAUGGUAUAUUCUCCAUCUUAAACAAUCGUUACGAAAGCAAGAGUAUGGUCAGCCAAGUUGAGAAGCACCUGAAGAUGCAUCAGAAGGUCAACCAAAAUAUAACCUUCUCAUAUACUCACGACUUCAUUAUCCGCCACUACACCGAGAAUGUCAGUUAUUCAAUUGAGAAGUUGUAUAGCGAAAAUCACGAAAUUGAUCUGUGCACGGAAUUUGCGCCAGUAUUUUGUGAAGCGCCGAAGAGGGAGGGCAGCAAAAACUCUCUUUUGGCUCAGCUCUUUUUACCUUACCUCGGUGGUACUAGUCAAGCAAAAGUGAAAACCUGCAUUAAUGACUUCGGCCAAAAGGCAGCUACAAAAGAGGAGAUAACAAUUGACGUCAAAGCGACUGGCAUACUUGAAGAGGAUGCUCCUAUACCUGUAUGCGAGCGACUCAGACAGCAGGCCGAUAGCCUCUUCUUGAAGCUGGAAAAUUAUACAGCUUGGAUUGUCAUAUGUCUUAGGUCAAACGACGGGAAUAUAGAAAACUCAUGCGAUAUAAAUGUCCUGGAAAAUCAACUGCGGGAACAUGAUGUAUGUAAUAUAGUCAAGAAGGCGAGUUUCCACCAUACAGUGACAUACGUGGCCGAUGAUUUUUGUGAGCAUUUCCACCAGGCUCUUGAUCUGGCCAAGGCAAGCUCGGACAUGUCGUUUGUGGAGAAAUGCGAAACCUUGGAAGAAGAUAGGGAAUGGGAUGAAUCUUACAUGCUGAUUGGUACAAAUAGGGUUUUUUUGUCAGAUAGCGCUUGGAGAAUACUGGAAAACGACAUUCGAUGUGAAGAAAAGUCCAUUUACCGGCGAUUGCGACAAGAAGCUUCAAGUAUCAAUGAAGAACAAUUAGCUACUAUGCGACCACUUUCCGACAUGUUCUCCAUGUCUGACAUCUACAACUCAGAAUCCGAAAGAGAUGUUUCUUUUUGCGGUUCAGAUACGGCAAUCCCAUCAGGGCCGUCAAUCACGAAAUGUAAACCAAAAAAUAGACAGCUAUUUUCCACAAAAUCAUCUCGAUCUCGAAAACUCUGGUUGAUCAUAACGUGGGCUAUCACAUGGUGGAUUCCUGCACCGCUUCUUGGAUGGAUCGGUCAUAUGAAACGACCCGACAUUCGCAUGGCAUGGAGAGAAAAAUUCACCCUCUGUUUCUUGAUCCUCCUACUCUCAGCUGCCAUGGUUUGGUUCAUUGCAUUCUUUAGUCAUAUUAUAUGUCCAGUCAAGCACAUAUAUUCGCAGUAUGAGCUUCAAUCCAAGACAAGCAGUGCAGACGGCAUAGUGAGCAUUCGUGGAGAGGUUUUCGACCUUGGUAAAUUCGCUCCUCGACAUUGGGCCUCCGAAAUCAUCCCCAAUAUGGCACUCAUACAAUAUGCCGGACAGGAUGUUAGCCAUUUAUUUCCCGUUCAAGUAUCGGCACUAUGCGAAGGUGCUCAAAACCCAGUACCACUGGCUAUGAAUUUGGACAACUACGUGGGUCUCACAGACCCCAAUGCAAAAUAUCAUGAUUUUCGCUACUUUACCGAUGAUUAUCGUCCGGACUGGUACUAUGAAAAAAUGACUUAUCUGCGAAAGAACUAUCGAUUAGGAUACAUGGGCUAUGAUGUUUCUGAUGUCCGUUAUCAGGCCAACAAUCCGCGUCAAUUUGGGGGCAUCACCAGUACGCGCAAAUGGGCCAUACUUAAUGGAGACGUUUACGAUCUUACCUUCUACUUUAUGGGUGGUAGAUCACUUAAAGUGCCCAGAAACCAGACCAUACCGAGUGACGUUGAUGUCAAUUUCAUUGACACCACAAUUGCGCAGUUAUUCAAAGUUCUUGCCGGCACUGAUAUUACUGACCUAUUUAACCAACUGCCCAUGGAUCAUGAUUUACGUGAACGCCAACUGACUUGUUUAAGAAAUCUAUUUUUGGUCGGCAAAGUCGAUGCUAGAAACUCCCCACAAUGCGUUUUCUCAGAAUAUCUUCUGCUAAUCAUAUCUGGCUUCUUAUGCAGUGUGAUAUUGUUCAAAUUUGUGGCAGCCUUGCAAGUGACCCAGAGCUCUGGUGACAUAGAGUACAGCAACUUUAUCGUAUGCCAAGUACCUUGUUAUACAGAAGGGGAGGAAUCCAUUCGAAAGACACUCAACUCUAUUGCAACCUUAAAAUAUGACGAUAAACGCAAACUUCUCUUCAUAAUCACCGAUGGAAUGAUAGUUGGCAGUGGCAACGAAAAGUCGACACCACGCAUUGUGUUGGAUAUUCUUGGUGCAGAAGAGUCCAUCGAUCGUGACGCUCUCUACUACAGCGCGGUCGGUGAAGGCAACAAGCAGCAUAAUAUGGCAAAAGUCUAUUCAGGAUUAUACGAAUACUCAGGUCAUGCGGUACCCUAUAUUGUAGUAGUGAAGGUUGGAAAUCAAGGUGAACGACAAAAGCCUGGCAAUCGAGGAAAAAGAGACUCGCAAAUGGUCCUUAUGCAAUUUCUCAACAAGGUCCACUAUCAGUCAGAUAUGAACCCUUUGGAAUACGAAAUCUAUCAUCAGAUACAAAAUGUCAUAGGCGUCAAUCCUUUUUUCUACGAGUAUGUCAUGAUGGUGGACGCUGACACUGAGGUAAUGCCAGACUCACUGAACAGCCUUGUUUCAUCCUUUAUCAACGAUGAUAAGGUCAUUGGUAUGUGCGGAGAGACGAUGCUGAGUAACGAAAAAGAUACAUGGGUUACGAUGAUUCAAGUUUACGAGUACUACAUCUCGCAUUUCUUGUCCAAGGCUUUCGAAUCCUUGUUCGGGACAGUUACAUGUUUACCUGGAUGCUUCUGUAUGUACCGCAUCCGAUCUGUGGGUAAAAAUCAAGCAUUACUAGUAUCGAAUAUCGUCAUGCUAGAGUAUGGCGAUAUUAAAGUUGACACGCUCCAUAAAAAGAAUCUUCUGCAUCUCGGUGAAGACCGGUACCUUACCACACUGAUUCUCAAGCAUUUUCCGACCUACAAGACAAAAUUCAAUCCCAAUGCUGCCUGCCUAACCAGUGCCCCGGACUCUUGGUCUGUGUUGGUUUCACAGCGUCGACGAUGGAUUAACUCUACCAUUCACAAUCUUGGCGAGCUCAUUUUUUUGCCUCAGAUGUGUGGUUUUUGCUGUUUUUCCAUGCGGUUCGUGGUUAUACUGGAUCUACUCAGUACAUUGGUGAUGCCAGCGGUGGUUUGCUACUUGGGAUAUCUCAUUUACGAAAUAAGCACUCAUUCAUCGCAAGUUCCUCUCAUGUCCUUAAUUACUCUGGCUAGUGUAUAUGGCUUGCAAGCGUUUAUAUUUAUUGUACGGCGAAAGGUAAGAAAUCAGUUUCCGAACGGGUGUGAACCAAGGCGUGUACGGUAAUUUGAAACUCGUCAGCUCACCAGUUUUCUUUUAAUGAAUGGUGAUAGUGGGAGCACGUCGCCUGGUUGAUUAUAUACAUCU